AUGAAUUUUUUUGAAAAGCAAAUUUAUAAUAAUAUAGUUUUAGUAAAUAGUCUUUUUUCAAGUAAUAAUAAUAAUAAUAAUAAUAAUAAUAAUAAUAAUAAUAAUAAUAAUAAUAAUAAUAAUAAUAAUAAUAAUAAUAAUAAUAAUAAUAGUAGUAGCAGCAGUGGCAAUAAUUAUAAUAAUACACCAAUUUUUAGUAGUAGAGAGAGUGAAUUACUUGAAAUUCCAUUAGGAUCAGUAUUAAAAUUUGAAAAGUUUCAAACCAAAAAAGAUAAAGUUAUAGAUAUCAUUUGUAAAGAUAUAAGACAAUAUAGAUUCUUUUUCACUCUAGAUAAUGUAAAUGUUGAAGAGAUUGAAUUAAAAUUUAAUAAAUAUUACCCAAUUUCAAUUGAAAAAUCAUAUGCAUUUUCAAAUAAUGAAAAGUUUUCAUAUGAUACAAAAGGAUGGUAUAUUUAUGAUGCUGAAAAAGAAUAUAAUAGAAUGGGAAUUUCAAAUUCAAUGAAAACAUGUCCAUGGGCAAUAAGUUUAAUAAAUUUAGAUUAUGGAUUUUGUGAAACUUAUCCAAAGAUAAUGGUUGUACCAAGUGGUUGUAAUGAUAAGGAGUUAUUGAAUAAGGUGGCAGCAUUUAGAACAAAUAAGAGGAUACCAACAUUGUCUUGGCGUCAUAGGAGUAAGAAUUCCGUGAUUAUAAGAUCAUCACAACCAAAGGUAGGAUUACAGAGAACACAUAGUAAAGAUGACGAGUAUUUGAUUAAUAUGUUUAGAAUUGCUGCAAAUCAAAUGAACCCAUUGGUAGUGGCAGAUGCAAGACCAAAGAUGAAUGCAGUUGCAAAUCAAGCUAAAGGCGCCGGUUAUGAGGAUAUUCAGCGAUACGAGAAUUGUAUUAUAGAAUUCUUAGGUAUUGAGAAUAUUCACACUAUGAAGGAAUCAUUUAAGAAAUUGCGUGAGGCUGUAUUUGGAAAUUACAAUAAUAUCAUCAAUAAUGUAAAUAUCAAUCAAAUGAUGAGCAUCGAUACAAAGCAAAAUGGCAAUGGCGCUAACAAUCACCACCACCAUAAUCACCACCAUGGAGCGAAUAUAAGCAUGGGUGUAGGCGUUGGUGGUAUUAAUUCAAAGAAUAAUUCAUAUCAGGAUCAUUUCUAUACAAAUCUUGAGAAUAGUAAAUGGUUUGAUCAUAUUUUACUAUUGAUUGAAUCAUCAACUAGAAUUGCGAGAUUAAUUGAAGAUGAGACAUCGGUAUUGGUGCAUUGCAGUGACGGUUGGGAUAGGACAUCACAGAUAUCGAGUUUGUCAAUGCUAUUAUUAGAUUCAUUUUAUAGAACUUUUGAAGGCUUCAUAAUAUUGAUUGAAAAGGAAUGGUUAUCAUUUGGUCAUAUGUUUUAUCAAAGAACUCAUGGUAAACAAAUCGAAGAGAGAUCACCCAUUUUCAUUCAAUUCAUUGAAUGUGUUUGGCAAAUCACUAAUCAAUUUCCACACCAUUUCGAAUUUAAUGAAAGAUUUUUAAUUAAAAUUUUAGAUGCACUCUAUAGUUGUCAAUAUGGUACUUUUUUAUAUGAUUGUGAAAAAGAAAGAUCAAAAGCAUUUAAUACUCCUUCAUUUUGGGCAUAUGCUGAAACCAAUCGUCAAUUAUUUAUUAAUCCAUUAUAUGUUUUACCAAAACAACAACAACAACAACAACAACAACAAACUUCCUCAUCAUCAUCGCAUUCAUCAUCAAAUAAUGUUAAUGGUAGUAGUAGUAGUGGUAGCAGUAGUAAAAGUUCAUUAAAAAGUUCAACAAUAUUUCCAAUUGCAGAUAUUAAAUUAAUUAAAUUUUGGGAAUCAUAUUAUUGUAGAAGUAAUUCAAUAUUUGGAUUCGAUAGAUUGGAUGCAUUGACAAGUUGGACAGUACAUAACCAAAAUACAAUAAAAUCAUUAAGAGAAGAGAAUGGAAAAUGUGAAAAAGAAAAGAAUAUCAGUAUUCAACGUUGUAAUGAUACCCUUUUAGAAAAUGAGAAAUUAUUCCUUCAAAUCGAACAAUUGAAUAAAGAAAUCUCAAUAAAAGAUCAAAUUUGUGAAAAUAGACAAAAUGAAUUAUUAUCACUUAGAAAAGAAAAAGAUUCUUUACUUCAACUUUUAGAAAAUAAUAAUAUAUUUUAUGAUGAACAACAACAACAACAACAACAACAACAUGAACAUGAACAUGAACAACAACAGGUACAACAGGAACAACAGGAACAACAAGAUCAGCAUGAACAAAAAGAAAAACAACAACAACAACAAGAAGAACAAGAAAAAGAGAAACAGAUAAAUGAAAGCAAUGAAGCUACCAAUAAAUCUAUAGGUAAUAAUGAUAAUACAAUGAUUGUUAAAGAGAAAACAGAGGAACAACAGGUGAAUCAAGAAACCAAUAUCAACCACAACAGCAUUAAUAGUAGUAAUAAUGAUAAUAAUAAUAAUAAUGAUAAUAAUAAUAGUAAUAAAAAUAAUACUGAUAAUAAUAGUGAAGAAGAUGAAGAAUUGGAAGAGAUCAAUCGUAAAUUAGAAUCAAUUGAAAUCGAUGAAACUACCAAUACUGUGUGUAAUUAUCUUAAUGAUAAUAGUAACAACUCAAGUAAUAAUUGUAAUGAUAAAGAAGAACAAGAACAAGAUAUUAGUGAUAACAAUAUUAUUUAUAAUAAUAAUAAUAAUAAUAAUAAUAAUAAUAAUAAUAAUAAUAAUAAUAAUAAUAAUAAUAAUAAUAAUAAUAAUAAUAAUAAUAAUAAUAAUAAUAAUAAUAAUAAUAAUAAUAAUAAUAAUAAUAAAGAUAAAGAAGCAUCAAGUUUAUUAGAUUAUAGUAUCAACUCAUUACAAAAUAGAAUUAGUUCAUUAGAAUUUGAAUUGGCGAAAAUUAAAGAUUUAAAUGAAAAGUUAUUAACAAAUGAGAAAUUAAAUCAUGAAAAUAUUCAAUGGUUAGCUGAACAAGUUAAUACUAAAGAUCAAACCAUUCAAGAAAAGGAUGAAUUGGUAAAAGAAAGAGAUGAAAUCAUCUUGGAUAAUGAAAAGAAUAUUAAAGAAAAAAUUAAUUAUAUCAUUGAACAAGAGAAAUCCUAUUAUAAUCUAAAACAACAAAUUGAAGAUUUCGUUGAACAAUUAAAUAAUGUUUCAAAUAUAAAUAAUAAUAAUAAUAAUAAUGUAAAUAAAUCACCUGUAAAUAGUAACAAUAAUAAUAGUAAUAAUAAUAAUAUUAAUAGUAAUAACUCCAUACCACCUGGAAAUAAUAAUAAUAAUAACAAUAAUACAAAUGCAACCUCAUCUCCAUCUUCAAAUACAAUUUCUUCACUCUUUAAGAAAGGAGCUUUCUUUGGUGGACUUAGAGGUACAAUAGAUGUUCAAGUUUCCUCUUCUUCCCCUACUACUACUAAUAAUAAUAAUAAUAAUAAUAAUAAUAAUAAUAAUAAUAAUAAUAAUAAUAAUAAUAAUAAUAAUAAUAAUAAUAAUAAUAAUAAUAAUGAAAAUAAUAAUAAUAAUAUAAAUAAUAAUAAUAUUAAUAAUAAUAUAAAUAAUGCUACACCAACAUCAAUACCAUCACCACCACCUAGUAAUGGUAACAGUAAUAAAACUAAAUCGAAAUCAUCAUCUGCAAUGGCACUAUCAAUGACAUCAAAUAAAAAAUUUGAGAUAAUUGAUGACUAUGUAGAUAAUGAUAAUAAUAACAAUAAUAUAACUGGUACAAAUAAUGGUGGGUCUAUUGUAACAGAUGGACAACCUAAUAGUAUUGGCACAACUAAUGGUGGUGGUGGUGGUGGUUCAACUCCAACUACACAUAUCUCAAUUAAAUGUACUGGCUGCUUUAAAGAGAUUGCAAAUAAUUCACCCUACUAUAGAGGUAAAAAAGAUAGAAUACAUUGUGAAUUCUGUGAAAAAGAUUAUCAAUCAAUAAAACAAAGACAUAGAAGAUGUACAACUUGUGAUAAAUCAUUGGAUAAAAAUUCUAAAGUCAUCGAUGGUAAUAGAUAUUGUUCAGUUUGUAUUUACAAAAUCAUUGAAGGUAUUGAUGAUUUAGGUUUUUAA